AUGGAUCGGCCACUCGAGCCCAUGACUUUGUCUGUUGAUAAUAGCCAGACCCAAAGCAGUCGAUGGGAAAAAUUACAACCUGCUCUCGUUGUGACAUCUUCCACUGCGCUCGUAUUCACAGUAUGCGGUAUCAAUUUCUCUUUUGGUGUCUGGCAAGAGCUUUACGAGUCUAUGUCAAAGACACCCAAUACGCCGUUCACCGGAGCGACGCCAGCACAAAUUGAUUUAAUCGGUACCUUGGCUAUUGCGCUAAUGACUGCCGGCGCCCCAUUCACAACAGCCUGGACCAAGCAAUAUUCGCCUCGAGCCGUUGUAUGCAGUGGUAGCAUCAUCUAUGCGGUCGCGCUAGUCUUGGCCAGUUUUAGCCAGUCUCUUUGGCAAUUCAUUCUAACACAGGGCGUUCUCGUGGGAGUUGGAACUUGCAUGACAUAUAUGCCCCCUGUGACGGUGGCGCCAACCUGGUUCUCGCAGAACCGUGGCCUCGCGAUGGGAAUCAUUAUGUCCGGGACUGGGGCGGGGGGAGUGGCUUGGCCACUUGCAUUUCGAUCACUUAUUGAACGGGUGGGAUUCCGCAAUACACUUCGUAUCACUGCUUGUAUUGCUUUUGCGCUUAAUUUGACAGCGGGGAUGUUCAUGAAAUGGCCACCCAGUCAAAUAGCCCGUAUACAGGCAGAGGAAGCAGCAAGUUCCAGAUCAAGACCAAGGAACCUAUUCCUCAUUCCAGUAAUGGACUGGCGCGUUGCACGAACUCGUCAAUUUGCUGCUCACGCUUUGGGCGCUUCCCUCCAGUCUGCAGCAUACUAUACUCCGGUUUUCUUUUUUUCGGCUUUUGCUCGCACCCUCGGAUAUUCUACCACGUCGUCGGCAAACUUCAUUGCAAUCUCAAAUGGUGCCAAUGCACUUUCUAGGGUUGCUAUUGGAUACUUUGCAGAUCGCAUGGGCAGGCUCAACAUACUUUUGGCCACUACCUUUAUUGCAGCUGUUGCAGUUCUGACUUUGUGGCUCCCUGCGUCUUUGGCAUCCUCCCAAUCAACUGCCAGCGCUUUAUUUAUCGUGUUUAGCAUAUCAUAUGGUAUCUUUGCUUCGGCCUACGUGUCACUAUUUCCAGCGAGUCUGGUUGAACUUUUCGGAGUGCAACAUUUCGUUAGUGUUAACGGGGCCCUUUACAUGAUUAGAGGGCUUGCUACACUGCUCGGUACACCAAUUGCAGGUGUACUAAUUCGGAGUAGUCAAACCCAGUCCGCUAGUCCUAAAAGCUAUACAAACACCAGUAUAAUGGUGGGCAUUUUAAUGGCGGCGGCAACAUUUGCAGUUCUGUGGACGCGAUUUGAAGCGGUGUUUUCGAUGGAACGAUCUCAAAAUCCCAGAAGGAAGUGGAUAAUUUGA